CUUACCCAUUUCGAAGCAGCCCUCCGCCGCCGUUCACUGACUCAACUCUCCCAGCUCCGCUCAUUCUCGAUCGAUUCCGCUGAGUACAACAAGAGAAAUUACGCCAACAACGUCACCGAGUACAACACCGUCAUCGGAUCCCUAAUCUCCCAGCGAAGGAAUUUCUUGCUGAGAGAUGUGUAUGAUGAUAUGAUGCUGGAUGGGGUUCAACCGCUGAGGGACACGUUUCAUUCGCUUAUUGUUGGGACGAUGAAGGGGAGCAGGUUGCAGGAUGCCUUCUUCUUUAGGGAUGAGAUGAAAGCUAAUGGAUUGCCCCCUGAUGUUAAUUUAUACAACUUUUUGAUAUCCACCUGUGGAAAGUGCAGGAACUCGGAUGCUGCAAUUAAGCUUUUCGAAGAAAUGAAGGUAUUUGGGGUGAAGCCGAAAGGAGAGACGUACAUUUGUCUUCUUAAUGCUUGUGCAGCAACUGGGCGCACUGAUCAAGUGUCUUCAAUUAUCAGUGAUAUGACUGCUGCUGGUUUGGGCUUGAACAAAUUUUGUUAUGCUGGACUCAUAUCUGCUUAUAAAAACAAGUUGCCCACUACUGACGAGACAUUAGCAAAAAUUAUUGAGUAUGUCAAACAAUCAAAAGGCUGGACUUCACCUGAUGCUUCAAGUGAUGGUGGCGAGAAUGUGAUGAUGAAUGUUUCAGAGGAAGAAUUAUACAAUAUGCCAACUGCUGAUUUUGUGCACAGGAAGGCAUUUUUGAACAGGGGGCUGACCAUAUAUCAUGUUGCAGUGCAUGCUUGUGCAGAACUAAGGAGUAAAGAGACACUCGAAGCACUUCUUGAUAUGCUGAAUCAGGAAGGUCGGAAUUAUGAUGGAUAUAUUGCAACGCAAGCAAUAAGGUGUUAUUUUCACUGUGGGGAUAUUGAUUCUGCUGUGAAGAUGUUUGAAGAGUAUACAAGCUCAAGGACACCAGCAGCUGAGAUGUUCACGACAUUCAUCGAGGGAGCAAUGGUUGGAUAUACACCUAGAGGAAUGAAGAUCGCUCAAGAUGCUCUGGAGCAAAUGAACGCUAAAGGAUUGUUCUUGAAUCCCAAGAUGGGAAGUGAUCUCCUUCUUGCAGCUGCAGGAGAAAAGGAGGGUGGAUACACUACUGCCAACUUCAUUUGGGAUAUUUUGCAACACCGUAAUAUUACUCCAUACCUUCCUGCGGUGGAAGCCUAUUACAAGGGUCUAAAGGAACGAGAAAUACCAGCAGAUGAUCCACGAUUGCUGCAUGUUGGGCGAACAUACGAUAAUCUAUUGGUACGAUUCGCGGGAAGAAGAAAUAAUUAGGUUUUUUUGGUGUGAAAUCAAACCUCAAUUUUUGAUAUGGGCUUACUACAUAUUUCCCGAACUUUUUUUUAAUCAAAAUUCACUGUAAGUUUAAAUCAAGCAAAAAGUAUAUCCAAGUGUCUGAAAGACAAUUCCUUGUGCUUCGCUGCUUUCACACAAAACGCGACAUAUUUUCUUGUUGAACUGCAUGAAAGCAGCUAGAAAUAAUUAGUGGCCUUCCACCUUCAUGGCUAGCCUCACGCUGAUUGAUGAUAAUUAUAGCCUAUUCAUGAGCUAAGGAUUUUAUCAUUUUAUAUAGGAAUUUGCUGCAAACACUUUAUUUGUGUAAAUUAUACUUGGCUUUACAUGCCAUUUGUGGUGUAAAUGCAUACAAUUUUUUAUUGGACUACCA